AUGGCAGUUCCUACAUAUGCUAAUAUUUAUUGGGAUGGUAAUAUUAUAAAUAGUUGUAAUGGUUACGAUUAUGAUGGAGGUUUUUCGAAGAUUAUUGCAAUGGGUAAACGGAUAAGUUUUAAUCAAUUGGUCGGUAAAAUUGCUCGUGCAAUUGGAUUAUCUGAGAAUAAUGAAUUUAUAGAGAUAAUUAGUUUUAGAAAGCCUACAAUUGUGGAUGGAUCCUUAAAAUUUGAAUGUAUGGAGAUAUGGGGUGAAGAUGAUGUAUCUAGUAUGUUUAAUUACUUGUAUCAAAUUGGUGGUAUACCUGGUAUAGAAAUAUAUGUUAAGAUACUUCGUUGUGUUGAUACUACAAAUGAGGAUGCUGAUAUUGGUCCAUCUGGAACUGCUGUAGAAUCAAAUGAUGAACAAUGUGAAGAGCAAAAUGUAGUUGAUGAUUAUGGUUUAUCUGAUAGUCUUGCAGGGCCGUCAAUUAAUUUAUCUGAUACAGUAGAGGAUGAGAACGAGGAUGACGAUGAUUCAUGGAUGUCUACUGAGGAUAAUGAUGAUGAUAAUGGUCAGGAGGAUAGUGGGAGUGAGUCUCGAUAUUACAACACACAAUUUUCUAAUUCUAUUGUGACUGUUGUUCAUCCUUCCCCAUAUGCAGAAAUAGACUUCGAUUUGCUUAGGGUGGAUCCUUAUGAUAAGUCAGAAGGUCGUUCAUUUUGGGAUCCUUCUAAAGAGUUUUCAGUUGGGAUGAUAUUUUAUUUGAGAGAUGCAGUGGCUGCGGCUGCAAAAGAAUAUUACCUAAUACAUCAUCAUCAAUUUUGUUACCAUGAAACAAGAGAGAAAACUUAUUCCAUAAAGUGCAAAGACAAAGACAGUGGGUGUGCAUGGAGGCUUCGACCAUCCAAGAAAGAAGGAGAGGAUAUAUGGAAAAUUACGAGAUACAGUGGACCGCACACAUAUACAAAUCAUCAGUUGACGAAAAACCAUAGCAAAUUGGAUGAAAAUUUCAUUUCUGAAGUGAGGGAUAAAUUUGGGUACGAGCCGUCUUAUCAGAAAACUUGGAAAGCUAAGCAGAAGGCAAUUGCAAGGCUUUAUGGGGGUUGGGAUGAAUCAUACAGUCGUUUGCGUAGAUUCAUGACUGUUCUUCAUCAUUUUAACCCAGAAACAGUAUACAUGAUUGAAGAUAAUCCACAUUGGAUAAAUGAGCGAUUAAAUCCGAUAUAUUGUGUAUUUGACCAUAUGUUUUGGGCUUUUAAGCAAUCGAUUGAGGGAUUUAAACAUUACCGACCUGUUAUCUCAAUCGAUGGGACAUUCUUAUACGGAAAAUACACCAGGUGUAUACUGUGUGCAACCGCACUUGAUGAAAAUAAUCAACUAUUUUCAUUAGCUUUUGCCAUUGUUGAUAAGGAGGACGGUGACAAUUGGUCAUAG